GGGGGGGGGACAUCCAUAAAUCUGCUGCUGAGGUGAGGCAUCACAGAGACGGCAAUUAGCACAGACAGCUGUGUGCAUGGUCUGAUGAGUUCCUUGUCCGCCGGCUCAGAGAUGCAGGCUUCCGCUCUUGACCCACAGUUCAUACCGGGGCCCCAAGGUAAGGUGCCUGGCAGGAAGCGAGGACGCCCUCCUAUCCGAAAGCUGGAGUUCCAGAGCCACUAUGUUGAAACUCUGUCGCCCCUUAAGGUCCCGAAGAAAAGAGGCAGGAAGCCUGGCUUUAAGCUGAAGCCCCGGAUGGUGAUGUCCCCUCUAGCCAAUUCUCCUCCCAGCAGCACACCAGAGCCAGAGAUGGGCUCCAUCCCACAGGACGCUGCCAUCGUCCCCCAUUCUGCCACACCACAGGUCCUGACAGCGGAGACGCCAUUGGCUGAUGAUUUUUUAUGUGACCCACCGGUGGACUCGAGGCGCUAUGCUAUAGAUCCCAGUGACUCUGCAUUCAGCGUCACAACAUCACAGUAUCAGACGAAGCAGUCCUACGGUUACCGUGGCAGCAGUUGCUCUGCUACAGCAGGCAUGUGCAGACAAGCGUCAAGCCCAGGAAGUCACCAGGAAGGAAACAGAAAUGCCUACAGCCCGAUGUCAGAUGCCGGAGAGUGCAAGCGUCCUGUCGGUAAGGACCCUUCCAGCUGGGGUGUAGAGGAUGUGGUUUGGUUCAUUAAAGAUGCUGAUCCCCAAGCUCUGGGACCCCAUGCGGAAGCAUUCAGGAAGCAUGAAAUAGAUGGGGACGCCCUACUCCUUCUUAAAAGCGAGAUGAUGAUGAAGUACCUGGGAUUGAAGCUGGGACCAGCGCUCAAACUCUGCUACCACAUCGACAGGCUUAAGCAGAGCCGGUUGUGAGCCGAGUCCUCGAUCGCCUCGUUAAUUUUUAAGAGCAACGAGUCGGUGCCGAUUCCCGAAACCUUUCUAAGUCAUCAGCAAUACAUCACGAACGUCUGAUCCAAAUAUAUGCUGGCUUUUACUACAUUUACACCACACUUUGUCCACAGAUUGGACACUGUGACUGUACAUGUGAGGACUUUUAAGAGCUCAAACAGUUAUUUUACUUUUGUCUCUCUUUACUUUAUACCUGAACUGCUUUAGAUUGUAAAUAGUUUGUCGCCAAACAGAUGGCAGCUACGGUAUAUUGAAGUACGACCUUUAAUAAUCAUUUUUGAGCUUGGGCAUCGUUAAUUUGUGCAGAUCAUAAUCACUGGAUACUGUAUUAUAUCAUAAUAAACUUCUAGGGUGCUUUACCUCAGUAACACAUUUAAACUUUACAAAGUCUUGCUGCUGGACUUUUAAGAUAGUCCAUUUUAUCCUCACUUGGUCACGUUUAUCCAGGUUGAAGUUGGUGACAUGACAUGAAUUAAUAACUCAAACUGUUCACUAAGUCGAUUUGGAAGUCUGUUUCAAGAUAAUCUAGAACAAAACAGUGCUGUUACUGAGCCAUUUUGAGGGCAAAGUUCUCAAACAUCUCUGAACUUGCGCACUUGUUGGCCAAGCAAAUGGUCUAUAUGCCAGAGACUUGACAAUACAAAGUGUACAUUUAUA